AUGUCUUUUAAAGUAGUGGGCACUUUAACACGCACUCUGUGGACUAGAGGACACAGCAGGACUCCUCCUGUUGCGCGGUCCCACAGAGUAAACAGACUGUCUACAACAACAUGCAGCAGGCUGUCUGCAGGAGGAAAGCAAGGCAGUGAGACAAGUCAGGAACAAAGCUGCAGCUCUGAGUCGGACAGGCCGAGUGGCGACGUGCUGCCACCCUCAUCCUCCUCCAGCAAGGAGCCUCCUCCUCACGGUGGUGACAAGAAGCGACCCAAGGAGCCCGUGGGUGCUCCCGGCGUUACUGGUGUGAAGAGACGGUCCUACACCUCCACCGCGGCUCCAGCGAAGCAGAGCAGCUACCUGUGGGCUCGGUACAAUGACACCAAGCGGCUGGUUCACGACCUGAUCCCACCGGGUGCGUGCAACCUCCUCAACUCCUCCACCAUCUACGCCAACAACGAGGUCGACCUGGCCGCAGUGGACAUCUACGGCUUUGACUAUGACUACACGCUGGCUCUGUACUCAAACGCGCUCAACACAAUGAUCUUCAGCACAGCAAGAGACUUCCUAAUCGAACACUUUAAGUACCCUGAAGGCAUCCGCAAAUAUGAUUACAUUCCCAACUUCACCGUUCGGGGUCUGCACUAUGACAUCCAAAAGGGUCUUCUGAUGAAGAUAGACGCCUUCCAUUACAUUGAGUCAGGAACAGUGUAUCGGGGACUGAGCCCAGUGCCAGACGAGGAGGUCCUUCAGCUCUACGGGGGGACUUACCAUGUACCCCUGGAGCAGGACAGUGGCUUCUAUGGAAAGGGACCAAAGGUGAAGCAGUUCAUGGACAUCUUCUCCAUUCCUGAGAUGACCCUGUUGGCCGCUGCAAAUGAUUUUUUCAUCACCAACGACAUCGAAUACGAUCCAGUUCACCUCUUCAAGGACGUCUCGGAAGCAAUUGGCAUGGUUCACCUGAAAGGCUACAUGUACAAAUGGGUUAUGGAAGAUCUCGAUAAGUUCAUUCUAAGUGGAAAGGAGACGGAUGCCGUUUUGCAGCGAUUGGUCAGUCAGGGAAAGAAACUGUUCCUCAUUACCAACAGUCCUUUCAGCUUUGUGGACAAAGGAAUGACACACAUGGUGGGAAAAAACUGGAGAGACUUCUUUGAUGUUGUCAUUGUCCAGGCGGACAAACCUCACUUCUUCACUGAUUGUAUCAAACCCUUCAGGCGCUUGGAUGGUAACGGAGACCUUCGGUGGGACAAGAUAAACAGUUUGGACAAAGGACAGAUCUACAAACAGGGAAACCUGUUUGACUUCCUCAGACUGACAGGCUGGAGAGGUUCAAAGGUUCUUUACUUUGGAGACCAUCUCUACAGUGACUUGGCUGAUCUGAUGUUGAGACACGGCUGGCGUACAGCAGCCAUAGUACCUGAGCUGGAGCAGGAGACCAAAGUGGUGCGCACAGACCGGUACGCUCUGAGCCUCACCUGGCUCCAGGCUUUGACCGGCCUGAUGGAGCGCCUGCAGAUCCAUCGGGACCCAGAGUCUAAACUGAUUUUUGAAGAAUGGCAGAAGGAGAGAGAAGAACUCAGGGCGAUGACAAAGAACUUGUUCAACCCUCAGUUCGGCAGCAUCUUCCGUACGUGUCACAACCCCACGUACUUCUCCAGACGCCUGUCUCGUUUCUCCGACGUCUACAUGGCCUCCCUCAGCUGCCUCCUGAACUACGACAAGGAGUACACGUUCUACCCCCGCCGCACCCCUCUGCAGCACGAGGCUCCUCUGUGGAUGGACCAACUUUGCACAGGCUGCAUGAAGACACCUUUUCUGGAGGAGAUGUCUCACAUACGAUGAGAGCUGGUGCUCUCCUCACUGACAUUUUUUUAAAUUUGUCUUUUAGGCCCAGCGGGUAAUUUUUUCUUUUGAGUUCUUUUAUGUUACAAGGUUUUUUUGUUUUUGUUUUUUUAAGUCAAGAACAUGCCACAUAACUCUUUCCAAAUGGCAAAGCAUUGCUGUUCUACAGUGACCCACUUCCCCAAUGAAUUCACUAGAGGGUGCUGUCCUGGAGAGCAUGCAAUUCAAGAUUGUCAGACACUUUACUUGCUGCUUAUGAUGUAAAAAAUGUGAGCAAUACAGAGCUGCCAACGCACAAUAACAAUAAAUAAAUGAGUCAAAUCUGA